UGUUGUCAGUUGUUACUUUUUUAUUUUGUUUGAACUUGUAUAAAAUAUAACACAUUUUGAUUUACACGAAGUUACACACCACAACCCACACAAGCACACAUUUGCUUCAGCUUUCUAGCAACUUUCUAGCUUUCGUUGAAAAAGUUUCUGCCUUUGCCUUUGAUCAUGAAUUUUCUUGACUUCAACACUUACGAGGACUACGUGGACAGCUUUAUAACUCUGAAGGAUGUUCGGUACUUGAGCAAUAUCCAAGUCGAAAGAAACCUGAUUUUAAAUGCCUGUGGGAAGAACUGCCUGGGAGGACUUCUGACCCGGGCACAGUUUGAAGAACGACGCGACAAGGCGAUGCUCCUCCUGAAGCCCCGGGGUCUGUUUGGGGUCUAUCACUUCAGUGACUUCCUGAACAACAAUGACAAGGUCCUCCAACAGCUUGCCCUUCGGGAGAAGAAGCUGAUCGAGCGGCAACUUUCGACGGUUAUUUACCUUCAAAUGCGCUCCCAAAAGGGUCUGGAAGUGUCCAGUUUCAUCGACUUGGAGCAGAGUCUGCGGGAAAGCCGCUUCAAGACCGCGGUGAAUAUAACCGAUUGGAGGGGUGUUUUUGAGGGCACCAAGAAGCUGAUGCCCGGGAAGCACCACCUCAGCUACUUCGCAUGGAACCGGAACCGGGUCCAGUACAACGACAGUGACAACUUUCGGGUGGUGAACGAGGGCGCUCACAGCCUACUGCUGAAGCACGUAGGUGAUCAUAAGAUUAUUUGCGUGAAUGCGACCUGCAAGUGCCCCUACUCCAGAAACGCCAAAAGGGCUAUGUAUCCUUCCUCCGUCUAUGGAUACGUCAUAUUCUUCGACCACAUCAUCAGGCGCAUCAAUUAGCAAAAUCAUCGAAAAGCCAAUAAACCCAAUGGAAAAAGCGUUUAGCUUUGUCGAAUUUGUUGUUGACAGUUUA